UUAAUAGAAAGGCUAGCAGUAUUAAUAAUAUUAGUAUUACAAAGACUUAAGCUAUCAAUCCUCUUUUAGCACAUCAAACCCUAGUAUUAGUUAAUAUAAGAACCCCUACUAACCUCUGAUGGUGCUGGGCAUGUUAUCCGGGUUCUUAGUUAUCAUCAAUGGAUAUGGACAUUCAUUCACUCACUUCUAAUGCUCGGAUCAAUGUCAAGGUUUUGAACUCAUCACUUGGCCAGAUCAUGAUCGUAAAAUUCGCGAAUUAGUUCGAGUCUGGCUGAGACGGUAUCGUAUCGUAUCAAACAGUUUUCAAACGGUUAAAUUAGCCGGCGAAGGUGAUGAUGAUGCCGGCCGAAGUGGAACGGAAUGGAUAAGGAAGGAGAGUGAGCGUAAUCGUGAUUGGUAGCUAACCAAACCGAAGAAGAGAGCCCAGAAUCCGGACUGGACUGGACUGGACGUGGGGACAAACGAUUGAACACUAAAUGGCCAGAGACCGAGUCGAAGACCCGUUGCAUCCGAUGAUCACGAUCGCGGGGUUCAUCAUUAUGGGGUUCCUCUUCAUUGGGCGAUGGAAUCGCUGGAAUCAUCAUCCUCUGGCGGGAACCUGUGUGUGCGGAAAAACAAGCAAAUCGCAAACAAAAAAAAAAAAAAAACAGAAACAGAAGCUGCCGUUGAGAAAGGAGAAAGGAGCUGCAAGAAGUUCCCACCUCAACACACGCACACGUGUGCCCACCAACACACCUGCAAAAGGGGGCGCUCACCACAAUUCCUGCUAAUUAAAUGCGUGAUCACUGCCCAAAAAUAUCCAAGCAGUAACCGAAAAAGAUACAGUCCAGCUUUCCCAAGAAGGAUUUUUCAACAAGCUGGUUUUCAUGUGUCUUAACUAAGCUAAAAGCUAUAUCUAUAUAAGAGAAUAUUAAUCUUAAUAAUCUUUAUUAUAUUGUUGAUAUAUGAGUUUGGUGACCUUGAAUCAUAAGUUGUAUUUUGUUUAUCAUUAUUAAGUAAUAGUUAAAAUCUUACAUUGAUCUUAGGAUCUAAGAAACCUCAAACCAUAAGACAACCUUAUAUUAGCAUCAAAAAAUAAGUUUCAUGUAUAGAAGUUUGACUGUAAAUUGACUUUUAAGACAUCCACAUGCCAUCCGAGUCAUGCGUGCAUUUCAUCAGAGAUUGGGAUGCCCAAAAGUCCGAAAGUUCGACGGCUAUUCUGAGUACACGUAGUGCUUUUCAAUCGAAAAAGUCAGUUACCCGAAACCCGUGACGUUGUAUCGAGUAAGCGAGUAUCUGUGUAUCUUUGGGGCCCGUCAUUGGAUCGCAGUUCGCUCAGUUGCACCUUUAAUCGCUGAGCAAACAGGAAGACUUCUACGGCAAACAUGCACACACUUGCUGACUCACUCAUACAUAAGCGCUGGAGAGAGCGGGAGUCAGAGAGUGUGUGAGAGAGAGAGCGGGGGGCAAAACAGGUUGAGAAGUACCGCUAAGCGGAGGCCCCAACUCUCCGAGGUCAACGAACGUUCUUAGCGCUCAAGAAUGAAGGAAUCAAAACACACGAAAAAACCCAGAGCGAGAGAGAAAGAGGCAGCGAGAGCGGAAGAGAGAGUGUAAAGAAAGCACGAAGAGAGAGAAAGCAAGGCGAUCGUUUUAAGAGCGCAACAGCGGUCAGACGGUUGACGUUCCACAUUUGCCAUUUCAAUUUAGCCCAAGUUUUUCCCCCGAAAAAUGGAGCUGGCCUAGCGAGAAGUUCAAAUAGGAUUAGGCCAAAUUCAUUUGCGAAACGAGAGAAGCUAGCUGAUAAAUUUCGUAAAGGAAAACCCUGAUUGCGUGCGACAAUUGCAGAGUAUUAUUAUUUACGUCAGCAAAAAGGAUUUAGCCAAAGCGAUUGCACGAUGGACUUCAAGGAAUACCGCCAAAGGGGCAAAGAGAUGGUCGACUAUAUCGCAGACUAUCUGGAGAACAUACGAGAACGUCGUGUUUUUCCGGAUGUAAGUCCUGGUUAUAUGCGUCAGCUACUGCCGGAAUCAGCUCCCAUCGAAGGGGAACCUUGGCCAAAGAUAUUCUCGGAUGUGGAGCGGAUUGUGAUGCCCGGAAUAACCCACUGGCAAUCGCCACAUAUGCAUGCCUACUUUCCGGCCCUCAACUCGAUGCCAUCUCUGCUGGGUGACAUGUUGGCGGAUGCCAUUAAUUGCCUGGGCUUCACCUGGGCCAGUUCACCGGCCUGCACUGAACUGGAGAUCAUUGUGAUGAACUGGUUGGGAAAGAUGAUCGGCCUGCCAGAUGCCUUCCUCCAUUUGAGUUCGCAGAGUCAGGGCGGCGGUGUGUUGCAGACGACGGCCAGUGAGGCUACCCUUGUUUGCCUGCUGGCUGGAAGGACUCGGGCAAUCCAGCGAUUCCAUGAACGGCAUCCUGGCUAUCAGGAUGCAGAAAUCAAUGCCAGGCUGGUGGCCUACUGCUCCGAUCAGGCGCACUCUAGUGUAGAGAAGGCAGCGCUAAUUGGACUCGUGAGGAUGCGAUACAUCGAGGCGGAUGAGGACCUGGCGAUGCGCGGCAAACUGUUGCGCGAGGCCAUCGAGGAUGACAUUAAGCAGGGCCUGGUCCCCUUCUGGGUCUGCGCCACGCUCGGCACCACCGGCAGCUGCAGCUUCGACAACCUGGAGGAGAUCGGCGUGGUAUGCGCGGAGCACCACCUGUGGCUUCAUGUGGAUGCGGCGUAUGCCGGCAGCGCCUUCAUCUGCCCGGAGUUUCGCACCUGGUUGCGCGGCAUAGAGCGGGCGGACUCGAUUGCCUUCAAUCCCUCCAAGUGGCUGAUGGUGCAUUUUGAUGCCACGGCAUUGUGGGUGCGCGAUAGCACUGCCGUUCACAGGACCUUCAAUGUGGAGCCACUGUAUCUGCAGCACGAGAAUUCCGGGGUGGCAGUGGACUUUAUGCACUGGCAGAUUCCGCUGAGUCGCCGCUUUCGGGCACUGAAGGUGUGGUUCGUUUUGCGAUCUUACGGGAUUAAAGGCCUACAACGUCACAUACGGGAGGGAGUUCGUCUGGCCCAGAAAUUUGAGGCUCUCGUCCUGGCCGAUCACCGAUUUGAGUUGCCAGCCAAAAGGCAUCUGGGAUUGGUGGUCUUUCGGAUUCGUGGCGAUAAUGAGAUCACCGAGAAGCUGCUGAAGAGGCUAAACCAUAGAGGGAAUCUUCACUGUAUCCCUUCCUCGCUGAAGGGACAGUAUGUCAUCCGGUUUACCAUCACCUCGACGCACACGACCCUUGAUGAUAUCGUCAAGGAUUGGAUGGAGAUCCGACAGGUGGCAUCCAUUGUGCUGGAGGAGAUGAACAUCACAAUCUCGAACCGCGUCUAUCUCAAGGAAACCAAGGAGAAGAACGAAGCCUUCGGCUCGAGUCUGCUGCUCUCGAAUUCUCCACUUUCUCCGAAGGUUGUCAACGGUUCCUUUGCUGCAAUAUUCGAUGCGGAUGAGUUCCUGGCCAAAACCUAUGCUGGAGUUCGGAUAGCGCACCAGGAAUCCCCAUCAAUGCGGCGACGUGUGCGUGGCAUCCUCAUGUCUGGCAAACAGUUCUCAUUGGACUCGCACAUGGACGUAGUGGUGCAAACGACUCUGGACGCCGGCAGUGGUGCAACUCGGACUGGUUCUACUAAUUCCUAUGGUCGCACCACUUCCACAGCCCAGGGAAACACUGAGGUGCAGGUCAGCAUACAGGAGGACAACGAGGAGUCGCCGGAAGAAACUGAAUUGCUGUCACUGUGCAGGACCAAUAAUAUACCCACUCCCGACCACGCCCACUCCCUGUCCACUGCCAGUCGCAGUUGCAGCUCCACAUCCCAUUCCCUAAGCCACUCCUUAACCUACUCCCCCUCCCACUCCCACUCCCCGCCAGCCAACCAAUUUCGUCCCAUUGCCCUGUGCGGAAUGUCCAAUCAAGGCCCACAAUCGAUCCCUAUUCCCACACCCCUGCCCAUUCGUGAUGUCACCGCGUCCGUGGAUAGCCUCCUGACCCCCGUCACCACCUGCAACGUUUACCAUGGCAGGCGGUUUCUGGAGCCUCUGGAGAGUCUUGCCCAGAGUAGUGCCUCUUUUAGCAGCAGCAUCUUUCGCCUGCCCACGCCCCUGACCACGCCCACCAGGGAAACGCCGGAGGAUCCGGACUGGCCGGCCAAGACGUUCAGCCAGCUGCUGCUAGAACGCUACUCCUCGCAGUCCCAAUCUCUGGGUAACAACUCUUCGACGGAGAGCAGCAGUCUCAGUGGCGGUGCCACGCCUACACCCACGCCCCUGAGCAGUCUCGAUGAACUGGUGACUCCACUGCUGUUGUCCUUUGCUUCACCCUCCUCGCAACCGAUGCUCUCCGCUCAUGGAAUUGGGGAGGGGCAGCGGGAACCGAAUAGCGACUCAGACGCCACCGUUUGCUCGGCCACCUCAUCGAUGGAGUCACUCUAGUAUUAGGUUUAAAAUAUCCUUAUUUUUAGUUUUUAUUUUUAUUAAGAAUAUUAGGUCCAAAAUAUUUAGAGCUCUCUUUGGAUUAUUUAAAUUUAAUCGAAAAAAUUCGAAUUAUUAAUUUCAAAGUAAGCUAUAAAAGUCCAUAUUUCUAUUAUUCUAAGUUUUACUUCUGGUUAACACGCAACUAUUACUUAUCUAACAUCUAACAUUGUACAUAAGUGUGAUUGGGGAGAAGGGCGAAUCAUCCAACGCUGCUGUGCAAUCAAUCAAUAAUGCGAUCAAUCAAUCGUAGUUCCAAUCAAUGUUGAGCCGUACGUUAUACCUAUAUAAUCUGCAUGCCCAUAUCUAUAUCCUAAUGUAAGAUAACUGAUUAGUAGUCGAAUAGUUCUGAUCUAGACAAAACCGAAAACCAAACAAAUUUCAAAACUUAACAGCUUACAUAUAUCCAAAUGUUUAAUUAAUGUCAGUGUGAUUAAAGUUUCAAGGUUCCAGUUAAACACA